GUCCAAAUCCCCCUAAAUUUGUGCAUUUCGAUUGGAUUGUCGACGCCAGUUAUGAAACCUCCCGUCAUUUAUAUCUCCUCCUCUUCCGACGACGAUGACGACGAUGAUGAAGGGAACUUUGAUGAUGAAGAAGAACUUGAAUCGGACUUCUCACCGACAGACGACGGUGAUGAUAGCGAAUCCGAUGAUCAGGAUUAUGACGUGGAGGAAGAAAAUGAUUCUAAGUCGGAUGAGGAAGAUUGUUUUGAUAAUCGUGACGAGAUCUCCAAUAGAGUCGUUUCUUUUCAUCAAGGAAGUAAUGAUGUAAAGGAACCAAGUCUUGAUGAGUGUAAAGCAUACUUGCGGAAACACGGAUUGAGGUUAUCUGGGACCAAGGAGGAGUGCAUACAGCGAAUCAAAGAGCAUGGGAGGUUAAAAGAGGGAAGGUGUGAAUCACUUUAUCCCAGAUCAUCAUUUUCGAUCAACUGCACUGGCGAUGCAUGCAAAGGAGAUGUUGUCUUGUUCACACAAAAAGUAUACAAUAAGUUUGAUAAAGCAUCAAGGCGAGGAGAUGUAGUGGGGAAAAGAACUGUCGCUGGGAAGAUAGUUAAAGAAAGUUAUGGUGCAUCGAAACAACAACAUACAUUCACGAUUGAAGUCUUGUGGAGCAAAGGGCCCAAAAAACUCCCUCCGCUUACGCCUUUGUUAGUGAAAGGUCGCAAUCUAUACAGGUUUCGGACAUUGAGACAACCUUGGAAGAGUGAAGCAGCAAGAUCGAAAGUGCUUGGAGAGAAACAUAAGCGAGGGGAAGCAGCAAGACAUAAACGAAAACUGAAGAAGACACAGAUUGCUUUCGAAAACGAGGAAGGUAGAAAGCGUCAAAAGGUAUCCGAUAGAAGACCAUCAACUCGAACAGAUAAAUACGAAUCUGGCCAGAAACGGGUAAAUGAGAGGAAUGCUGUACGGUUUCAAAAAAGGGAAUCGAAAACAUCACAAACAACCUUUGGUGCAGACCCGAACCGUUGUGUAUAUUCUGAUCAUCAUCACCAUCACCUACAACAAGCAUCAUCAUCAUCAAUUCCGAAUCACCCAAUUUCUAAUCUGCCGCCUCUCGGGUUUCCUGGUUACCACGGUCAUUAUUACAACGGAGAACCUCUUCUACGUAAUCAUGUCUUAUAUCGGCCAAUGGGUUACAACUAUGAGCAACCCUUUCCUAGGUAUCGAUUUGGUUAAUUGUUUGAAACGGUCUUUUGAACAUGUCAAAAGUAGUUUGAUAUAAACUGUUACUGCAAAUGUAGUGCAAAAGGAGAUGUGUUCUUGAUACAAAGUUUAUAACACGUAUGAAUGAAGUAACAAGUUUGGUGCU